AUGGCUCGCAAGGCGCGAGAUGCCGUUCCCAGGACGCGAAGGGCCAGAGUUGACGAAGAACCCGGAGAGAGAGACAAAUUUAUUCUGCCAGCGCUGAACCUCGUGGACGCCGCGGUCGAGGAUGUGUGGCCGCAGGAAAGUCCGCGUCGCGUGUCCGGGAACAGCUCACGAACAGACGCAACUGGUUCUACUUACCAAACUGGUGCAGUGCCGGAUUCGGCGGACCAGCUAAGAAGCCCUAAGGAUACGGUUGAGCUUCCUUCGGCAGUACGCGAAGCGUUUCUCGCCCACGUCGCCGUCCUCAAUUCAACGGGGGAGGGAUUGAGCGACCCCGCGCCCGCUAACGGUGAGCUGCGACCACCUCUAGCAGUCAAGCGUCCGAGGACGAUGGAGCCCGGCAAGGAGCCCUGCGAAGCUCAGUGCGCUCCUUUGGAUGCUGCUGCCAAUUUCCAGGAUACCCAAGAUAUGGACACUUCUUAGUGCGUUGGCGGCGUUGAUACAUCUAUACGCUAUAUACAGGGUGUCCCAACUAUCAUGCACCAAUAUUAAAAAAUAUGGAAAUGCCACGUAGCUGGACAGAACCAAGGUAGCGUUGUUUGCCGUCGCUUGGACAUACCCGGAUUAUUUCUUGCAUUCCGCCUAAUUACAUAUUUGGUCCUAAUUAUUUAAUCAACUUCUCAAAUAUUAUAAUUUAGAUGAAUGUGUCAAUCAGAAAAUUGUAGACCAACACGAAAAACUCCCGAUACAGCUUUCCGUUGCUCAAGACAUGCUGCAUAAUAGUGCUUUUCAUGUUGCUCUACAAUUUUCUCAUUGACACAUUUUAUCUAAUUACAAUAUUUGAGAAGUAGGCUAAUUAAUUAAGACCAAUUAUGUAAUUAGGCGGAAUACAAGAAAUCAUCCCAGUAUCUCCAAGCCACGGCAAACAACAUUACCUUGGUUCUGUGCAGCUACGUGGCAUUUGCAUGUUUUUAAAUCUUGGUUCAUUCUGGUUGGGACACCUUGUAUAUUUCACUAGGUAUCGUGAAAGGCAUAGAUAUUUCACUAUUCAAACUAUUUGACUCGG